GAUGCGCGUUGCAUUGUGGGGAUAUACGGCGCAGAGACAACGGGAGCACAAAGGGAUGGAGACAGCAUAUUUACACCGCUUAAUGCCCGCGUAAUGUGAACUGAAUUCAUGCGAGUGUUGGUUCGGUGGUGGCGUGUGACGGCUGGAAGGCUGACAAGUGGCCAAAACGCACAGGACGGCGGCACGGCGCGGAGCUGUCUCCGACUACCGCUGCUUUGUGUCGGCUCAGCAUCCCCAGGCCCCUCCGUCUGUACGGGCCGGACCGCGGAAGCUCUCUUUUUCCCUGUUCUAUCCUGACUGCAGCAUGGGGGCCAAGACCUUCACCCACACCUCGGCCUCGCACAGUCAGGAGAUGCUGGAUAAACUCAAUGCUCUGCGCAGCGAGGGGCACUUAUGUGACGUCACCAUCCGGGUUCAGGACAAGCUCUUCCUCGCUCACAAGGUGGUCCUGGCCUGCUGCAGUGACUUCUUCCGCUCCAAACUGGUGGGGCGCUCGGAGGAGGAGGACAAGUUUGUAUUAGAUCUUCAUCACGUCACAGUCAGUGGCUUUGCUCCGCUCCUGGAGUAUGCCUAUACCUCCACUCUCUCCAUCAGCACAGAGAACAUUAUUGACGUGCUAGCUGCUGCGAGCUACAUGCAGAUGUUCGCCGUGGCGAGUACAUGCUCAGAGUUCAUGAAGUCCAGUAUUCUGUGGGGCCCGAGCAGCAACAACAGCCUUGGUACAGAUAAGCAGCACGAAUCCAUCCCAGAGAGCGCCUCCUCUCACUGCACGCUCACUCCACUAGAUGGCAGUGUGUCACCUGUAUCUUCAGACUGCAGCGUAAUGGAGAGGAAUGUACCGGUGUGUCGAGAAUCACGGCGAAAACGCAAGACCUUUGUGACCAUGGCAUCACCUGAAAGCCCACUUAAAUGCACUACACAAAUGGUGGCCACAUCUCCUCAGAUUACAAACCCAUCACCCUCUUUCUCAGACAGUGCCGCCCAGCCCGUAGAGUCCUCUUUGGCCUUUCCAUGGACUUUUCCGUUCGGGAUCGACCGCAGGUUCCACUCAGAAAAAAACAAACUGUCAGAAAGCCCCCGCUGUUUAGACCAGGGAGCUGCAGGAACCUCUGAGGUAGUGGGUCGCCGUCUCAGUGACUUCCUGUCCUGUGAGAGCUCCAAGGCAGUAUCGCCCCCUGUGGCUGCGGAGGAGGAUGACGUGAGGGUGAAGGUGGAGCGUCUGAGUGAUGAAGAGGUGCAGGAGGCUUCACAGGCGGUCAGUGCCUCCCAGAGCUCACUGAGUGACCAGCAGACCGUCCCAGGCAGUGAGCAGGUCCAAGAGGAGCUCCUCAUCAGCCCACAGUCCUCCUCUAUUGGCUCCAUGGACGAGGGCGUGUCAGAGGCUCUGCCAUCACUGCAGGGCGCCUCAAAUGCUGGAGGACACAAUGAGGACGAUGAAAGGCUGGAGGGUAUUCAGUAUCCAUAUCACCUUUAUAUCAGUCCCUCAGCCAGACCUGGUACUAAUGGUCCUGACAGGCCUUUUCAGUGUCCCACGUGUGGAGUCCGAUUCACUCGGAUACAAAACCUUAAGCAGCACAUGCUCAUACAUUCCGGCAUUAAACCUUUCCAGUGUGACCGCUGUGGGAAAAAGUUCACACGGGCCUACUCCCUAAAGAUGCAUCGACUGAAGCACGAAGGUAAACGCUGUUUCCGGUGCCAGAUUUGUAGCGCCACAUUCACGUCCUUCGGUGAAUAUAAGCACCACAUGAGGGUCUCCCGACACAUAAUCCGCAAGCCACGGAUUUACGAGUGCAAAACAUGCGGCGCCAUGUUCACCAACUCUGGCAAUUUAAUUGUACACCUGAGGAGUCUGAACCAUGAAGCCUCCGAGCUAGCAAACUACUUCCAGAGCAGUGAUUUCCUCGUGCCCGACUACCUGAGCCAGGUGCAGGAGGAGGAGGAAGUGCUGGGAGUGCAGUACGACCCCCCUGUCCCCGUCCCGUACCCCGGCAGCUCUGUGAACGCCCCGUCCUCCUCAGUGCACCUGCCCGUCAUCUCACAGGUCUCCUCCUCCACCCACCACUGCGAGAGCUCCUCAGGCUUCCUCUCUCCGGAGCCCGCAGACCAGCUGGAAGCUCCAUCCAGCCCCAAGAUGGCCGCCGGUGACACAGAGGACAUGACGGAAGAGGUGAAAACUGAGCACAGUGUGGGUGACUGUUCCCCCGGGCUUGAGGAAAAUCAGCCCGACCAGGCAAAGGAGCUGGCCCCCAUUACCAUCGAGUGAUUCAAGUCUUCUAUUUCUGUGCGCAUGUCAUGUGGGAAUAUGGUUCUACGGACAGAAAGAAUUGUUGGGAUGUUUGUCACAUGUUGAAAGCAUGUGAGACCACCAAGAAUAUGCCAUAAACAUAUUUUCCUUUAAUCUUUGAACACAUCAUGCAUUCAAAUACAACUGCAAAUCAUUUCUUUUCCCUUUUAGUUUGUAUGUGAAGUAUAGCGCUCUGGAUAGGAGCCAUGGAACAACCCAAUAAGCUGAUGGGUCACUACUGGUACAUACUUUAAUCACACUAUAUUGUUAAAAUACUUUUGAAUGAACGCUUAGCAUUUAGCAUCUUAAAAUCUCCAUUGGUUUAACAUUAGGCUAACUGAAAAUUCCUAGAGAUGGGAGGAUACAAUCCCAAGCUCUAUAAAGAUUUUUGCUGUAAUUUGGAAGCGAUUUUGUAAAGGUUAUUGAUGCUUUCCCAUAUGACGUGAAUGCAGUAUUUUUCUUACCUGUUUUCUUGGUGGCUUAAAAAUCCAAAUUUUUGGAAAGUGCCUGCAUCAUUUAAUUAAGAGUGAGGGGAGAUGGCUGCCAGAGACAGGCUGAGCUGUAGGGAUCCCGUGUUUGUGGUGACGCUUGUCUGUUUGGGCUGAGACCAUGUUAUUCCUUCAGUGCCAUCUCUAUAGGCAAACUGUUACAUGUCUAUAAUAUCUAUACUGCAAUAGCUUGUACUGUAGUUUACUCUUUGAAUGCUGUGUGUUGUGAAGUAUGAUUUGUCAGAUGUGUGUAUGUGCAUAUCUUUUAUCAGUAGUAUGUAAAUGUUAAAAACUUGAACCUAUAAGGACAGAGUAUUCAUCAUGUUGCAGUAUUUUUCAUCUUUCUAGCGUCAACAUUCAUGUUGCUAAAUCUAAAACAGUUAUGAUUGUAAUGUCACUGCUGUUGGUGUGUUUUAUAUUAGAGGAAAAAUAGCAAAGAAUGACAUUUCACCCAAAUGUGCUCCUCACAAAAUAUUUAAUGUAGCAUAAUGCUUGUAAAAUGCUAAGAUUUCUAUCUUUAAGCCAUGCCCUUUAUUUUUCAGCAGUUCCAAUCAUCUUUUUUGUCUAAAUAAUUUGUAGAAAGACUAUUUGAUUUUCUUUGUUUUAACAAAUCAUGACUGAAGUCCAGUCGUGCAUCUGCAGUGGUAGCAGUAGCAGAUGCUAGUAGAUAGUAGGCCAUUAUAUGGCCCAUAUUAUUGUUUGCUUGGUAAUGUUUGUAUUUGUAAUGCUUCUGAAGCAGUGGUGUGAAUGCUAGUACUGUGAGUCAAUAACAUGAUUAUAACAUUAUGAGCCGUUUGUUCUGUUCAAGCUCUUUCUGUCAAACUAAGUUCAGUGCCAAAAUGGCCGCAGUUAUCGUGCCUAUGUCGUGAACAGUAGUCUUUGUUUUCUCCCUCUCUGCUACAGCAGAAUUUUAGACUUUGAUACAAAGAGUUGAAUGUAAAUUAUUGCUGUAAUGAAGUGUCAAAAACACACUGACCAGUAAAAUCUGUAAGAUUCAAAUGCACUUGUGUCACCCUGUGCCAGCCGAUCUUUCCAUAGUUGUGCCAUUUGCCCAUUUGCUGGGCACUAAUCAAGCUUUUACCUGAAGGACCAAAUGUUUUCUUGAUGGGAUUUGCCGAGGCAAUCAGUAUUGCACAUGUAAAAUAAAAGAGAUAAUCAAACCAAGUGGUCCACACUAUUCAAAGGGUGCACUGACCCUACAACACUGUAAGAUGUGGUGCAGUUCAGAGACUAGCCUUAGUACAUGGACCUGAAACUCGAGUUGCACACCAUCUAAAUUUUAAAAGUUUAAUUUUCCAUUUGUACGUCAUUCUUCUCAUCUGUUGUCUGUUUUAAAACAACUUUUUACAAUGAAAUGCUGCUGUUUGAUGAAACGCAAAAGUGCCCAAAAUAUUUUUGUGAACCACUGGUGUGCAAUAAAUGGACAGGUGUUGUUUUUGAAGUCACUUUUUGGUCUUCGAUAUAUAUAUAGUAAAAUGUCUUAUAAAAAGAAGAAUGUAUUUUGUUUCAAAUGUGACUGAGGUGAAUUACAAACCCAUGUGUGAUCUGUGAAACAGUCUUUUAGACCAAGUGACUGGGUUUAUUCAGCUUUUGUGUUGAUUUGGUUGUUGCAUGUCCAUAUACUGUAGUUGUGUGCAGUGGAGAGCAUGUCUUCAGUUUGCAAUGUUUUGGUCAAAGUUUUCUUCGUUAAAGAAUCUUCAUUAACCCAAACUUCAGUGUCCAGCAUGCCACCUCUUUUCUGUAUGUGCAAUGUUUUAAACAAUAUUGAUCCUGUCUGGGACAUGCCUUUAAUGUACACUUGAUGUUGUAUACGUUUUUCAGUCCACAUAAAAAUAUAAAAGAUGGUAGCCCACUUUAAUUACAUAAAACAAUAUCUAUUUUUGGUGACUUUUGUAUUCUGGUUGCUGUUUUAUGGCAUCUUUGGAUAUUCUUGUUAAUGUGAAUAGUACAGGGGCCUUGGUUGUCUUCACUUGUGACUGUCUGCAGUGUACAAAACAAUCAUACUACAAAGCAUAUACUGUUGGCCACCUGAUAACUACCUGCUCUGAGGCAAAUGCGUCAUUGGUUCUGUAUCUCAAUAGAAGAGCCCGGAUAGAGUUGCAGGCCGUAUAUUGAAGAUUCUGUUUGGUGUUGAAUGUUAUAACUACAGAUAUGUACAUCACAGCUGGCUGUUCUGACCAGACCACUCUGUAUAUGGGAGUUUAUGGUUGUUCUUAAUCUUUACUAUAGUGUUCUGGCUUUGCUGUCCUGUUGUUACUGAUAAAGACAUGUUUUGUAAAAGUAUAAUAUGUAAAUAAAAGACUUAAGUCUCAA